UGGUGUGUGAAAAGAUCACUCGUCGAUCCAGUUUGUCGUCCAUCUAAUAGGAGAGGACCUAAAAUGGCCGCCGUUGCCUUGAUUCUUCCCGCUUAGACGACCUCGCCCCUGGUUGCCACUCCUCCGCCUUCGGCCCCGCCCCUGACCGGUUUGGCUGGCUGCUUGAUUGGUGGACGCGAGAGGCGGGUGGCUCGAUUGUAACCCGUGGGACGCCUUUGGUUGGGACGGGGGGGAUCUGAGGAUUGACGCAGGAUAACCGAUUGGUGGCAUUGGGCCCAUUGACUGGCGUGCUGGAACUCGGGGGGCUGGCGGCUGAUCCGGAGGCGUGACUGGACCCCAAGUGGUUGAUUCGAGGGGGCGUGUGUAUGCGGGUGCGGGUUUGCUGGCGGGCUAGCACCCUUGGCCCUGGUGGUGCGGUGCUUCACCCGUGAGGGUCUGUCAACACGGCCUCACUCGCGCCCGUGAUCGCUGUCGCUCCCGCCACCGGGUCGUUGGGCUUGGAGGAGACCCGGCCGCCGGGCCCGGACACGCCCACCGUCGUUGCGACCGCUAGUGGUGCCACCGCUACCGCCACCGGUAGCGCCCCCCCCACCCCCACGCCCGUGGCUGAUUUCCCGGGGCUGCCCCGGACACGCGGCGUGAUGGCGUCGGCGCCCUUGACCUCGUCCCGCUCGGAGUUCAUCGUGGGCGGGAAAUACCGUUUGGUGCGGAAGAUUGGCUCGGGCUCGUUUGGCGACAUUUACUUGGGCAUCAACAUCACGAAUGGCGAGGAAGUGGCCGUGAAAUUGGAGAGUCUCAAGGCCCGUCACCCGCAGUUGUUGUACGAGUCCAAGUUGUACAAGAUCUUGCAAGGGGGCGUGGGAAUUCCGCACAUCCGGUGGUACGGCCCCGAACGGGACUACAAUGUCUUGGUCAUGGAUCUGUUGGGCCCGUCGCUCGAGGACCUCUUCAAUUUCUGCUCGCGCCGUUUCACCAUGAAGACCGUGCUCAUGUUAGCUGACCAGAUGAUUGGCCGCAUUGAGUUCAUGCACAACAAGAAUUUCAUCCAUCGAGACAUCAAGCCCGACAACUUUCUCAUGGGCAUCGGUCGCCACUGUAACAAGCUCUUCAUCAUUGACUUCGGUUUGGCCAAGAAGUACCGCGACAAUCGAACCCGCUUGCAUAUUUGCUACCGUGAGGACAAGAAUUUGACGGGCACGGCCCGUUACGCCUCCAUUAAUGCCCAUUUGGGCAUCGAACAAUCCCGUCGAGACGACAUGGAAUCCUUGGGCUACGUCCUCAUGUACUUCAACCGGAGCACAUUGCCUUGGCAGGGGCUCAAGGCCGCUACCAAAAAACAAAAGUAUGAGAAGAUCAGCGAAAAGAAAAUGUCCACCCCGGUCGAGGUCCUGUGCAAAGCCUAUCCCGCCGAAUUCGCCAUGUAUUUGAACUACUGCCGUGGGCUGCGAUUCGAGGAGGCCCCCGAUUACAUGUAUCUACGACAGUUGUUCCGUAUUCUCUUUCGUACCCUCAACCAUCAAUACGAUUACACGUUCGACUGGACCAUGUUGAAACAGAAGGCGGCCCAGUCGGCGGCUGCCGUGGGCGGCACGCCGGCCACCAAUCCAACCGCCGCCUCCGGGGGCCGUUAAAGGCCACCUCUCGUUCCACCCACACUACAAUAAUUCCUGGGAUGAAAGCUCGCUCGUCCGGAUGGCUCACGCGCCGAUUCAGCACGCAGCCACCGCACCCUUAAUGACCGCCGCCCUUGUCUUCUGGAUGAGAGACGUGCCCCGAGUUCGCUCGCCCUUGGGGGUGACAACCCAAUUCAUUUCUGCUAGCCGCCGCCUGGGCGCAUGAUGAUGAUGAUUAUUUCCGUUUUCUUCUUCGGGAUAUGUGAGUUAGGACACGGAGAGGUGUGUUUGCUCCGGAGACGACUGCCCGUUACCGCUUCAAUCGACCCCGUUUCCCCCUUUUUUUAUACCUCAAAUCGAUAAUAGAAGAAUUUAGGAGCCAGGAGAUUUUGAUGGCUGAGGGCACUGAAGGACGGACGGACAUAGUUCCAGGACCCUCCGGCACUCAUUCGGGUUUGGAAUCUUUUCCAACUUGGGGCCACUCCCACGCGCCUACCGCUCCCGGUUUAUCCACCCCCUCACCUCAUUUUCUUUUUUUAAGUUGCCUA